CAAUUCCUUCCCUCCCCUCCCCCCUCUUGCGCCGCGCGAGAGGGCCGGGAGGACGAGCGGGUAGGGGAUCGGGAUCGGAUCGGCAAUGGGCAGGAUCGAGUACGCCGUGGUGGCGCGCGGCGCGGUGGUGCUCGCGGAGCACGGCGCGGCGGGGAGCAACGCGGGCGCCGUGGCGCGGCAGGUCCUGGAGCGCCUCCCCGACGGCGGCAACGACUGCAACGUCUCCUACACGCAGGACCUCCACGUGUUCCACGUCAAGCGCACCGACGGCAUCACCGCGCUCUGCAUGGCCGACGACGCCGCCGGCCGACGGAUCCCUUUCGCGUUCCUUGCUGAUAUCCACGGCCGAUUUGUCAAGACGUAUGGGCGGGCCGCCCUCACGGCGCUCGCCUAUGCGAUGAACGACGAGUUCUCCAGGGUUUUGAGCCAGCAGAUGGACUACUAUUCCAACGACCCCAACGCUGACAGCAUAACUCGCACGAGAGGUGAAAUCGAUCAGGUCCGGGGCAUCAUGCUCGACAACAUUGACAAGGUACUGGAGAGAGGUGACCGUCUGGAACUGCUGGUAGACAAGACUGCAACUAUGGAAGGAAACACGAUGCGCUUUAAACGGCAAGCUCGCCGGUUCAGGAACACCAUGUGGUGGAGAAAUGUGAAGCUCACAGCUGCAAUAAUAUUCAUCCUUACGGUGAUAGUGUACCUGGUGAUCGCCUACCUGUGCCACGGCUUCACCCUACCGUCCUGCGUCCCGUAAAUCUUGUGCAACCCUCUGCUGCCGUAGGCUGCUUGACGACAUUCUUAGUCCCGCCCUAAAAUUUGUCCCAGAUUCUGUGAGUGCAGCUUCAUCGCUGCUAUAUUUUUUUUUUCUCGUGCAAGUGGAAGAACUGUUGCACCGAUCGAUUCUGAACUUACGUGCUUCUGCUUUCAAAAGUCCCAUGGAUAUUUCGCAGCCUGUAAAAAUAUCUUCGAAUGUUACGGCAUCCCGCCUGGCAAUUGUUUUUUUUUCCUGGAUAACAUUGCAAAAAAAUGCAGCGUAGGACAGCAAUAGCACAAUCCAAAUAUCUAAUGAUAAAGUAACGUACGUUGGUGAUUGAGCAAUACUGGGAGGUGCAUAGAGCGAGAUCGGCAUCAAAAUAAGGGGAUUCGACAUUGCGCUAAGAUACCAAUCCGGAAUUGUUACGGGAAUUCUGAGAAGAAAAGUUUAAGGUACAAACAGGCAAGGCCACAAGGCACAGUAGACUGGUUGUUAGAUCUGAUAAUAUGAAGUAAAACAACACGUGCUCGCUUAAUACAAUCAUAAGUUAUGCUACCCAACAACGAAGGUGCCACAAGCC